AUCUGGUCACGAAACUUCAUAGAGUUGGACAGACUCGAGAUUGGGAAACCACUUUUGCUUGCCAUUAAAGGGCCACGGGCGGGCGAUCAUGCUGUAAAGAAGGCUUCAUUCUAGUCAGUGAUUCUGCGUUCAGUGGAGAAUCUUUUUCGGCUUCGCAUGUUUGCAUUGGCGCUUGCUAAGAGAGUGGCUCAGAAUGAGUCGCAGGGAGUCACGGAUUCUGUAUGCAUGAGGUGACGAUCGAGAGCCCCGAGUAUACGACGAUAAUCCUGAGUUGGAGCCCAAAUCGGAGAAAUGUCUCGACACCAACACGUGGAGAGUAACAAGAGCGAUGAACUCGGAGCAUGUCUUCUCGCCCUCAGAGGGUAUCUGAAGGGGGCUGCUGGAUUCAGAAGAGUGUUUGUAACAUCAUUCAGCAGAUGCGGUCUUCCUCCGUCUGAGUCGGGGAUCCGGAACUUGCUCCCACUCGUGCUCCGAAUCGAAGACUGUGACCCCAUCGCCAAUUCUCAUGGCUGCACCACCGCCGGGGAAAUGGCCAUCCUCAGAGGUGGACGGCAAAGUUGCCCUGAUCCACGGUGGAAGUGAAGGCCAAGGGCUCGCGUUCGCACGAGAAUUCACGAGUCGCGGAUGUCGAGUCGUGCUAAUUGGAAAGUCCCUGCCUCGAUCUGCUGCUGGCUCUGCCGGAGGGGAAUCAUCGGACGCCUCCGUGAGAUUGGUCGAGCUGGACCACGGCGCAGGGGAAGAAGCUUACGGACGAGCGGUGGAUGCGGCAUGGGGGGUGUUUGGAAGCGUUAGCGUCCUUGUCAACUGUAACUCGGGUCCGGCCACGAUGAAACCUUUUCUGGAGACGACGGACGAAGAAUUCGAUGGAAUUAUGGAUGUGAAUGUGAAGGCGAGCUGGAGAAUGGGGAAAGCUGUGGCGCGGAAGAUGCGCGAAGCAGGAACCGGAGGCUCCAUCAUUUUCAUCACCUCCAUAACAGGGACUGAGAGGGGGAUAUAUCCGGGGGUCAGCAUGUACGGUACUUCCAUGGCAGCAGUGCAUCACCUGACGAAGAUGAUGGCCAUGGAAGUGGGAAAGUACGGCAUUCGAGUGAAUGCCGUGUCAUGUGGUCUAACCCCUUCCGACAGCAUUUUUGAGUCGAAGGACACAAAAUCUGUGCAGGAAAUGGCAAAGAAAGUCGUUCCUUUACAGCGCUGGUCGAAAUUCCCCGGUGACAUCAUGGGCGUGGUGCUCUGGCUGGCCGGUGACUCUUCGACCUUUGUGACAGGCACGAUCUCUAUCGCAGACGGAGGACAGUCGAUCACUAGAGCCCGCCUUAGUUCAUUUUUGUGAGGCUGUAGAUGCUCUGCCGCGACACGAAGACUCGGGCUCUGGAUAUGGAGAGUACCUGUCUGUGCACCGUGCUUGAUCUCAUGCCUCACUGUCCACAUCCAGGCCGGGCUAAUGGAGCGAGCGGAUUGCGUUUGUCUGUCGUGCUUCCGAGGUUGCUAUGGUCGAACUUACCCGGGUGAUUGCUUACAGUAAAGCCUUCGAUUUAGGCUCGUGGAUUUUCAGAAAGAGUGAUACGCUUUUGAAAACCAUAAGCUGCAGAGUGGAAGAAUUCUGGAGGUAUGUAGACGAAGGGAAUGAGGGAUUUGCAGUUGGUGCAAUGUCAGGAGUACCAAGAAUCCUUGCAUGAACGCUGGCUCAAGACAUAUUUGGGCCCAUCGUCCUGGAUUCGGUUGCAAAUUAUGUUUAAAAGCUGCUGCUGUGCUGAUGAAACACUGCCGAGAAGAGCACAUGAUGAGUUUGUUCAGCACCCUCCCAAGUCAAUUAUUUGGAGCCAUCGUGCCGGCCCGUGAAGCCGAUGAGUUUGUAUAGCUAGUCUGAACAUUGAUCAGCAGAAUGUACAUAAAGUUAGACAUCGCUGUUGAGGACGUCACUUCUGUGCCGAUCGAUAUGUCUGGGGUCAGUAUUUUCUGGUGUGCAUGGCGUGUGUCCGUGGUGUGCUUGACUUCUUUCUCUCCUGCAAAAGGUGAAGGUCACAAGGGAGGGAAGAUCUUGUUGUAGAUGCAAUGUUGAACACAUGCCAGCAUCGCAUUAGCCAAAUGGCAGGGAUUUAG